AGCGUGGGAAAAAAAGUAAUAGGAUGGUAGCCAUUAUCGAAAAGAAAAAUGAAGAAACUGAAAGAUAGUAUUCUACUUAAAUCGUUUUACUCUCUUCUUCUUCUUCCUCUUUUCUCUCUCCUAGGGUUGCAGUUUUAGAGAGAGAAUGGAUUGAGAAUUCACAAUUCUCUUUCUCUCUCUACAUUUUGUUUUAAUUCACACCAUUCAGCUUCUUUGCUAUGGAAGACUCGGAUUCAGUUGCUAAAAUGAUAGACUCUACAUCAUCAAAGAUACAACAGCUGCAAAAGGCUUUUGCUGAACUUGAAAGUUACCGAGCUGUUACUCUUAACUUGAAAUGGAAAGAACUAGAGGAACAUUUUCACGGGCUGGAGAAGUCCUUGAAGAGGCGCUUUCAUGAACUGGAAGACCAAGAAAAAGUGUUUGAAAGCAAAACAAGGAAAGCUCGUGAAGUGUUGGAGAAACAGGAAGCAGCUGUUUUUGCCAAGGAGCAAGCCACAUUGCAGAGGCUUCAAGAGAAAAGAGAUGCUUCUGUAUUCACCAUUGUAAAUGCCCAAGAAAAGCACAGAAAGGUUUCAACAAAGGAUUUGGGUAUUCUCUUUAAUGGGGGUCAAGGGCCACCAAGUGUUGAGGAGAAACCUUUGGAUGCUGCGUCUACUGGGGCUAAAGGCAACUUAGAAAAUGUUAAACUUUCUCCUGAAAAUGGAAAUGCAGACUUGAUGUCGUAUCCAGAGUUGGUAAGACUAUGCAAAGAGAUGGAUGCUGCUGGACUUCAUAAAUUUAUAUCUGACAACCGCAAGAACCUUGCCACUGUAAGGGACGAAAUACCACAUGCAUUAAGAGCUGCCCCUAAUGCUGCCUGUUUAGUUUUAGAUUCUUUGGAAGGAUUUUAUUGUAUGGAAGUGUCAAGUCAGGAUAUAAAGAAGGAUGCUAACUUGCUGGGUCUUCGCAGAACCAGUAUUAUGUUGCUGGAAUGUGUAAAUGAUUUCCUGACCAAUUGGGGUUCUAUUACAAAUGUGAUUUCCAAAGAUAUCAAGGACAGGGCAAAGGCAGUUGCUGAAGACUGGAAACCGAGAUUGGAUGCUCUUGACAUGGAUGCUAGCAAUGGGAAUUCCUUGGAGGCUCAUGCGUUUUUGCAACUUCUAGCCAGUUUUGGUAUUGCCUCUGAUUUUAACGAGGAGGAGGUAUCCAGGCUAAUUCCAAUGGUAUCUCGGCGUCGCCAAACUGCUGAUUUAUGCCGGUGUCUUGGGUUGUCGGAGAAGAUGCCUGGUGUGAUUAAAGUUUUGGUAAACAGUGGGCGGCAAAUUGAUGCUGUUAACUUGGCUUUUGCAUUUGAUCUUACAGAACAAUUUUCACCUAUUCCUUUGCUGAAGUCUUACCUGAAUGAUGCUAAGAAAAUUUCUUCUCCAGUCAAAAGUGUUAACUCAUCCCCCACUGCACAGGUUGAGGUUAAUGAAAGAGAGCUGUUUGCUCUUAAGGCAGUAACCAAGUGCAUUGAAGAACAUAAACUUGAUGAGCAGUAUCCUAUGGAUCCUCUCCAGAAACGAGUCAUCCAACUAGAGAAGGCCAAGGCCGACAAAAAGAGGGAAACCGAAGCGACAAAGCCUCAACCCAAGAGACCCCGUGCUAAUGGUGUGGGAUAUGGUCCUCGUGUCACUAACAUUCCUUCUGACAAAACUUCCUAUGCUAGAGUUGCUGACAGGUACCUGCCGCAGUAUGUGUAUGACCGACCUUACUUGUACCCAGGACCAACUGAAAAUCACUGUGCCCCAUUCCUGGGUUCUGCAACCUACAAUGUCUCUCCCAAUCCUGGAAAUUACUUCGGAAAUGGCUACCAGUAUCAAGCUACAUAUCUCCACUAAUUAGCAGAGAUGGUGAGCUGAAAACUAGGGUCCCUUCUUUUAAGUCUUAACCCUUAAGCUGUUGUAUGCUGUUCUUCUUUAUAAUGUUAAAAUCGGUUAAACAGGUGAAAUGUAAUGUUAAAAUUUAACUUUGGUGCUAGAAAUAUUCUGAUCCGCUAAUGCUCUCACUCUGUUUUCGUUCUGUACAAGCUUACUUUGUUGUCUUUGCAGUAUAUUUUCCUCUUUAGUUUGUGAUUGUCAAUGCGUCUAAAUUAGUGCACUUUGUACAUGUUUAUUUUCUCUUAGUUGAAUAACAUAUGGCAAAAAUGCAGGUGUGGGAA